UUUCAAAUCAUCUGAAUAUGGACAUUUCUUCUUUCACAUUUCACUGUCCGGAAGAUUAUUACAGUAUUACUAGCCCCUGGUUCGAGGAGCUUGACAACGGGUUCAACGACAAGUAUAAAGAGGAAGACGAGAGUGGCAAUGGGUAUUUCAAUGAAGAAGAAUUGAACAAGAGUGGAUACGGUGAUAUCCUUGCUUCGCUCUUGUUAGAAGAAGAAGCGAAACAAGAGGAAGCUCAGUGGAUAACUGAAUCCCGACACGAGAAAGAUUUGUUUGAAUCCAAUCACAAAAGAAAAGUUCAAGCAACGAAUGACUUCUACGAUCACCUUCAACAGGAUUACUCUGAAGUUAAUCGUUUGGAUACUGGGAAACAGUCAUGGAAAUCAGCUUCUGUAUUGGUAGCCGCUGUUGCAACAGCAUCAGGGAAUGGCGAAGUUGAUUUGGGUGACGAAACGAGUAAGGGCAUUGCGAUGGCGACGGGUCAGCAGAGGAGGUUAUGGGUGAAAGACCGAUCUCAGGACUGGUGGGAUUGUUGUAACCAUCAGGAUUUUCCUGAGGAAGAGUUUAGGAAGGCGUUUCGGAUGAGUAAAUCAACGUUUGGGUUGAUAUGCUGCGAGUUGGAGCCGGUGGUGAUGAAGAAGAAUACUACGUUGAGGGACGCUAUCCCUGUUCGACAGCGAGUGGCUGCUUGCAUUUGGAGGUUGGCAACCGGGGAGCCGCUUAGGCAGGUUUCGAAACGAUUUGGACUCGGAAUUUCAACUUGUCAUAAGCUGGUAUUGGAGGUAUGUUCAGCUAUAAACACUGUUUUAAUGCCCAAAUUUCUUCAAUGGCCUGAUGAGAAGAAAAUGGAAGAAAUUAAGGAGGAAUUUGAGUCGAUAUCGGGGAUUCCAAAUAUAGGGGGCUCGUUAUAUACAACUCAUGUGCCAAUUAUAGCACCCAAGUUCAAUGUAGCAGCUUAUUUCAAUAGAAGACAUACAGAGAGGAACCAGAAAACAUCUUACUCAAUUACAGUCCAAGGAGUGGUCGAUCGAGAGGGGAUUUUCAGAGAUGUUUGUAUCGGAUGGCCCGGUUCAAUGCCUGAUGAUCAAGUGCUGGAGAAGUCUGCUUUGUUCAAAAGGGCCAGUAAAGGGAGCUUGAAGGAUGUUUGGAUUGUUGGGAAUCCUGGGUACCCUUUGAUGGAUUGGCUUUUGGUUCCAUACGGGCACCAUAAUUUGACUUGGGCUCAGCAUGGUUUCAAUGAAAAAAUCAGUGAGGUUCAAAACGUUGCUAAGGAAGCAUUUGCUAGGUUGAAAGGGCGGUGGGCUUGCUUGCAGAAGAGAACAGAGGUAAAGCUUCAAGAGCUGCCAAUGGUGAUUGGGGCUUGCUGUGUUCUGCAUAACAUUUGUGAGGUGAACAAUGAGGAGAUGGACCCUGAACUACAAUUUGAGCUUUUUGAUGAUGCGAUGAUAACUGGGAAUAACUCGAGGUUUUCGAAUGCCGUGCUGGCUAGGGAUAACAUUGCUCACAAUCUGUUACACCAUGGCCUUGGUGGAACUAGUUUCCAUUAGUGUUUCAAUGUCUGCUGCCAUAAAAAUUUCAAACUAAGCAUUCGAUGGUCUUAUUUAUGGCAGUUCCAUACGUUUUGCA